AUGACCUCCCAUCUCCGCCAGCGGUCCCGAGGCGGGAACGACGAAGAAACGCUGGCGAAGUGGACGGCGCCGCUGGCUCGAUGGCAGGGCAGGGCGCAGAAGGGGGCGGGAGGCGUCGAGUAUGUCCCGCUAGCGGCGAAAGAGGACGAGGACGGCUUGCCCGAAGACGCAUCACCGUCUGAAACAAACGACCUGCUUCCGACUUCACCAUCCCCGUCCCUCUCGCGCCCGACUCGCAUGGCCCUCCUUGCCGCUCUCCUCGUCGCAAUCACCGCCGCGAUCGCCAUCUACCACGCUCCUCGCGAGCCUUUCCGACAAUUCUACCGACUUCGACAUCCAAAUCCUCCUCCAACCCGUGUAGGUUCUCGCCAUUUCGGCCCCUUUUACCACGGCAAAGGGUGCAACUCGACGCAACUGGUCGCAUCGCUCGCAAGGUCUCGUAUUAGGCCGGACGGAGCUUCUCGAACGGUCUACGCUCAUCCCGAAGGCUUGGACCCGAACGACAUCCACCUCGACACCUUCGACUUCUCCUUCGACCUCGAUGGAUGCCCGCCGCCUCACACCUUCUCUCCUCGCGAGACUUGCGACCUCGUCUCGGCUUUUGGCGGGAUCUACAAUCGCGGCGACUCUCUCAUGCGGCAGUUCGCACAAGGCCUCUUCAUGCUCCUCGCGAACAGCCUUGAUCUCGUCUACGCGCACAAAGACGGAUGCCAAGGAACCCGCAUAUUCACGAACGGCACCUUCUGCAAGGACCACUCGAUUCUCACGUCGCUCGACUUCGCGCACGUUUGCCCGGAACAACCGUUUGUUAUGUACGACCUGGUCUGGCGCUUCACGCACGAGCGACGCGACGGCGAGAACGAGCCCGACUAUGCGACCCCUCUUCUCGACAGCUGGCAUCGCUUCAUCGACCAACUCCCUCCCGAUCGUCGACGCUAUUCUCCCAUCUUCGUCGAGGCGACUGGCAUCCACUACCAAUGGGACUUUAACGCGACGCUCGCUGUCCACAUCUCCCCCUUCAUCCGCAACACUUCCGCUCUGAUCCCUCGACCCAUUCCCUUCUUCUCCGGCUACCCAGCCGUGCCGCCCAACAAGCCAGUGCAGUGGCUCGGCAUACAAGGGCCAGAGGUCACGCAGAAGUACAAUCGGGAGAUGCUUGCGGCGCUCGAGGAGGUCAGUCCCGAGGGGAGUAUCGAUGGCGGCUGGACGAUGUUGCAGUGGUACAACGUCACGGACGGAGCUGUGAGCUACGACGGGACGCACUACGAUUACCAGGUUGCGCUCGAGCGGGCGCAGAUCUUCCUGAACGUCCUCGAUGCGAUAUGGGGCGAGGUUGUCGAGAGCGGCGGACUUGUUGUUGUAGACUAG